GCCUCGUGGAUGCCCAUCAACGCCUCUCCCCUGCCAGUCUGGAUGAAAUGCUUUCGCGCUAGCCCCGGAACCUCCCCCGUUAAUCUCACGCAUCUCACCUCCCCAGCCCAAGGUCGCCUGCUCGCGCGCCGCCCCUCCCCUCCGUGCGGGGCUCGAAUCGCAAGCAUGUCGACGGCCACGCGCAAACCAAUGCCGUCCGCAUUGACUCUUGACCUGCACGCAAAGUGCUCCACAACCAAAGCCCGCGCCAGCACCCUCCAUCUCCCUCAUGGCUCCGUCCCCCUCCCCAUCUUCAUGCCCGUUGCGACACAGGCCUCCCUCAAGGGCCUGACAUACGACCAGCUCAAACAGACAGGUUGCAUGCUCUGUCUGAACAACACCUACCACCUGGGCCUGAAACCCGGCCAGGCCGUCCUGGACGCCGUCGGCGGCGCGCAUAAACUGCAGGGAUGGGAUCGGAAUAUCCUCACCGACAGCGGGGGAUUCCAGAUGGUUUCCCUUCUGAAACUGGCUACUGUUACGGAGGAGGGUGUGCGAUUCCUCAGUCCGCAUGAUGGCACGCCGAUGCUACUCACCCCCGAACACUCCAUCUCCCUCCAGAACUCCAUCGGCUCGGAUAUCAUCAUGCAGCUAGACGAUGUCAUCGCCACCACGUCGCCGGACCACGCGCGCAUCCACGAGGCCAUGGAACGGUCUGUCCGCUGGCUGGAUCGCUGCAUCGACGCGCACAAGUACCCCGAGCGGCAGAACCUCUUCUGCAUUAUCCAGGGCGGGCUGGAUCUGGAGCUACGGAAACAGUGCUGCGAGGAGAUGGUCGCGCGAGAUACGCCGGGCAUUGCCAUUGGAGGGCUGUCUGGAGGCGAGGCCAAGGAGGAUUUCUGUAGAGUGGUGGAUACUUGCACCGGGUUACUUCCGGACCAUAAGCCGAGAUAUGUGAUGGGUGUGGGUUAUCCGGAGGAUCUGGUCGUGGGCGUCGCUCUGGGAGCAGACAUGUUCGACUGUGUCUGGCCGACUCGAACCGCCCGAUUCGGAAACGCCGUCGUGCCCACGGGCACUCUCAACCUGCGUCAUCGGUCCUACGCACAGGACUUCCGCCCCGUCCAGGAAGACUGCACCUGUCCCGUCUGUCGCUCGAAAGAGCAGGGCGGGCUGGGCAUUACGCGAGCGUACAUCCACCACCUCACGGCGAAGGAGACCGUCGGCGCGCAUCUUCUGACGAUGCACAACGUGCAUUACCAGCUGACGCUAAUGGGUUCCGCGCGGCAGGCUAUCCUGGAGGACCGGUUCCCGGCCUUCCUGCGCGAGUUCUUUGGGAAGUUGUAUGGGGAGAAGGUGAAUUAUCCGAAUUGGGUGAUCGAGGCGUUGCGGGGCGUGGGGGUCGAUUUGAUGGUUGAUCCUUGAUGCCCGGGGGGGGUAUAUAGGGCUACGUAGUGGGGAGUAGACUGG